GUCUGAACGACUCGUUGGUAAAUUCCCGUCACUAACGCUAGGUAUUCCGUUAAACGGGAGAAAGAGGGACGGUCCCGUAACGAGAUUACACACGGGACCUAAACUGGAUGAGUAUAUUCUGUCUAAUAAUCAGUGCAAACUGAAGACUGGAAAAAAAGAUGAUUGAAACGAUGGAUACCCAGCGCUGUCUGCAGGCAGUGGAGCGACUGCAGGCUCGCCUGAAGGAGAGGGGGGGUGACGUGCCCUCUGAUGAGAAACUAAGCCUGCUCAAAUCUGUCCUGCAGAGUCCUCUGUUCCACCAGAUCCUCACACUGCAGAAAUCCGUUCAGCACCUGAAGGAACAGGCUCCAUGUGGAAACUCAGAUUUUAAUGGAGGAUAUGUUGACUCGUCUCAGAUUAACGGACAGGUCUCACCGGAGGAGCAUGAGCGCAUCAUUCGGGCCAUGGCUCAGGGUCGGUACGUAACUCAUAUUGAGCUGGUGAAGCCGGUGUCAGGUGGCUUGGGUUUCAGCGUGGUGGGGCUGCGUAAUGAGAACCAAGGAGAACUGGGUAUUUUCGUGCAGGAAAUACAGACUGGAAGUGUUGCACACUGUGAUGGUAAGCUGAAGGAAGGAGAUCAGAUCCUGGUGAUAAACGGACAACCUCUGGACCAGAACAUCACCCACCAGCAGGCAGUGACUCUGCUACAGAGGGCUUCUGAGCACGUGCAGAUCAUAGUGGCCAGAGGACCUGUUCCUCAGCUGUCCAGUCCCGUGGUAUCCAGAACACCCAGUGCCGCCAGCACAUUGUCGGCACAUUCUAGUGCGACACACUGUACCCAGGUGGAGACUAUAGAGCUGGUGAACGAUGGCAGUGGACUGGGUUUCGGCAUUGUUGGGGGUAAAACCACUGGAGUCAUUGUAAAAACCAUCCUACCUGGAGGUAUCGCAGACCAGGAUGGUCGCUUAAAGAGUGGUGAUCAUAUCUUGCGUAUUGGUGAGACUGAUCUGUACGGUUUGGGCAGUGACCAGGUCGCUCAGGUGCUGCGACAGUGUGGCAACAGAGUUAAACUGGUCAUCAGCCGAGCAACUGUGGAUGAUACCUCCACUCUCCCUUCAACCUUACCAACAGUUACCGAGCAACAGGGUCAUGAAGAAGAAGAAGAAGAGCAUGGUGCGUUUGAUGUCAGCUUGACGAAGAACGCUCAGGGUCUCGGCAUUACCAUCGCAGGAUACAUAGGAGACAAAAAUUCUGAACCCUCUGGGAUAUUCGUGAAGAGCAUUACCACUGGAAGUGCUGUGGAGCAAGAUGGCCGCAUUCAUGUGGGAGACCAGAUCAUAGCUGUUGAUGGUUUGGACAUACAGGGCUUCACUAAUCAGCAGGCAGUCGAGGUGCUACGACACACCGGCCAAACGGUCCACCUCAAACUUGUCCGUCGUGGGUUCAUGCCAGAAGAAACUCCCCCGCCAGUCGUGUGUGUCGUCACAGAAACUAAACCCCCAAUCUUAUCUCUGGAUUCAACAUUGGAGCGUGUUGCCAUGGACACUUCACACGAAGAGAAGCUUAAUGUGGAUACAUCAGAAACUUCCAGAAACACAGCUACUGCUGCCCCUCCGUGCACUCCUGAGCGGAAGAAUGGCAUCAAACUAAGCAUAGAAGAGGAAGAGGAGCUGACGGAGAAAUGGCAGAAUACUCUCGGCCCCAGUAACGAAGUCAUCGUUGUACAGGUAGAGAAAUUUAGUGAGAGCAGUGGUUUGGGAAUCAGUCUGGAAGCAAGUGGUGGUCACCACUACAUACGAUCAGUAUUACCCGAGGGACCAGUUGGACGCUCUGGAAAACUCUACAGUGGAGAUGAAUUGCUGGAGGUGAAUGGCAUAUCUCUAAGAGGUGAGACCCAUAAGGAGGUUGUGAGCAUUCUAAAGGAGCUUCCAGUUUGUGUGUGCAUGACCUGCUGUAGGCCCGCCCCCUUGCCUCCAACUGACAGCCAAGCUGGCCAAUCAGGACUAGAAGAUGUGGCUAUAGAAACCACAGAAAAUGUUCUGGGAGAGGUUGAGGACUUCCUUGUAUCUGGCGAAUCGGAGAAGAGAGUGAGAGAUCAUGUGACGAAGGAGACGGCCGGAGCUCCGUUGGCGAUGUGGGAGUCAGAGAUUCAGAACAUUGAGCUGGAGAAAGGAGAGCGGGGGCUGGGCUUCAGUAUCCUGGACUAUCAGGACCCUGUAGACCCAGCCAAGACAGUAAUUGUGAUCCGGUCAUUGGUGCCUGAGGGUGUGGCUGAGAUGGAUGGACGUUUGUUGCCGGGAGACCGCUUGAUGUACGUAAACAACACCAACCUGGAGAGCGCCAGUCUGGAGGAGGCUGUGCAGGCACUGAAGGGGGCCAACCUGGGCACAGUCAGCAUCGGGGUGGCCAAGCCUCUUCCUAGCGAGGAUGAUGUUGCCUCUUCCUCAUCUAUCUUCUUGGCUUUGGUUCAAAAGGAGAGAGAUGAGCAUGAGGAUGAGGAAGAAGAAGUGAUGUUCCGUGCUGAACCAGCGCUGAUCGACUCUAGUGAUGUGGACUUGUCAGACGAGAAGGCAUUUGAUCGUCACUUUAACAAUGAAGAAGAUGACACAUUCCAGUCGUCCAUGAUUGCCCUCCACGGAAGCACCUGCAGCGCUGAUCUUACCUACCAGAUGAACAUGCAGGCCUCAACACCUCAGAGGAACACGUGCCUGGACUCGUUCAUGGACUAUCCCUUCAUGUCGCCUCCUGGAAUUGCAGAUGAAACUGAACCGUUUUCUCCUGAGGAAAACGCAGCCUCUCUAAGAUGUGAGGGAGGGGCUUUACGGCUUGGCUCCACCCGCUCAGAUCUCACAGUGGACCUCAGCUUAGAUGAAAUGGAGCCCGUGGAUCUGCUGUUAUCCACAACUGGAGUAUCGUCUAGGGUUAGCCCCACCUCUGCUUCUUGUAAAGAGGAGGAGCUUGUUAAGUCAUUAUAUACGGAGGUGGUGCCAGUCAUGCCUGAGCUCCGAGUUCCUAAAAGCAUUUACGUUGGGGAUUCUCAAGUGGAGGAGGAGGAUUUCCCCAUGGUCAAACCAGUGGAGGAACCUGAUCAACCAGACAUGACUCCUGGGAGCAAUUUUGAGAGGACCAUCACUGUCGUCAAGGGCAACUCCAGUUUAGGUAUGACAGUUAGCGCAGUGAAGGAUGGUGUCGGAAUGCUGAUCCGCAGUAUCAUUCACGGAGGGUCCAUAAGCAGAGACGGACGCUUAGGAGUUGGAGAUCUCAUACUGGCCAUCAACGGAGAACCAGCUGGAAAUCUGACCAAUGCACAGGCCCGAGCCAUGCUGCGCAGACACUCACUGAUUGGACCUGACAUGGGAUCUUCAGUUGCUCCAGAAGAGGAGCUCUGCCCCUUUUAUAUUAUCACCUAUGUACCAGCAGAGUAUUUAGAGGAAUACAGAGCUAGUAAACAAGCCAAGGAUGAACUCUUUGCCGUGGAUGCGUCUGCUACCCCGAGAUGUGUUGCAGAGCUUCCUGAAAGGGAAGAUGGAGAGGGGGAGGAGAGUGAACUGCAGACUGCAACAUUUAGCAACUGGAAUCAACCAAGAAAGGUGGAGCUGUACAGAGAAGCUGGAAAAUCAUUGGGCAUUAGCAUUGUGGGUGGGCGAGGCAUGGGCAGCCGCCUCAGCAAUGGGGAGGUGAUGCGGGGCAUUUUUAUUAAACACAUCCUAGAGGACAGUCCAGCAGGACGCAAUGGAACUCUGAAGACUGGAGACAGAAUUGUAGAGGUGGAUGGUGUAGAUCUGAGAGAUGCCAGUCAUGAGGAAGCGGUUGAGGCCAUCCGUAAAGCUGGGAAUCCUGUAGAGUUCCUGGUGCAAAGCAUCAUUAACAGACCCAGGAAGCCUCCUAUUCCCUUUCUGCAGCUAAACAGGAGAGAGCUGCUGCUUUGCUCUAACGUACCAGCCCGCUUUACACUCACCCCUCUGCAGACCUCGGCAACUGAUUCUGUGGAGGACAGGACUGCAUCUGACUCAAAGCCCAACAGUAACAAGGGUGUUGAGAGUCACAGUAGACUUUUCCUCCGUCUCUCCCCAACUAACCCUUUCACCCCUACUCCGUUUAAGCUAAAUCGGGAGCCAGAAAAGGUUUCCCCCACAACAUCCUUCCUUUCGUUGCCCGUGGUCCCGCAUGUGGGCGAGACGGACACGGACACGCUGACAGAAAUACCUGACCGGAUUACUCUUCCUCACGACUCCACUGAAGAAGAGGAGGAUGAGUUUGGCUACACUUGGAAGAAGGUUGUGGAGCGUUAUGGAAGUCUGCCAGGUGUGCUGCACAUGAUCGAGUUGGAGAAAGGAAGAAGUGGUCUGGGCCUUAGUCUGGCGGGAAAUCGGGACCGCUCACGCAUGAGUGUCUUCGUGGUGGGCAUUGACCCCAGUGGUGCAGCAGGGAGGGACGGACGCAUCGUUGUGGGAGACGAGCUGCUGGAGAUUAAUGGUCAGAUCCUGUACGGUCGCUCCCAUCAGAACGCCUCGUCCAUUAUCAAGAGCGCCCCAUCCAAAGUCAAGAUCAUUUUCAUCAGGAACACAGAUGCUCUGAGUCAGAUGGCUGUUGGCCCAAUGAAGGAGUUUGGAGACACCAUUGAUACACAGACAGAGCCUGAAACAUGCUCAUCUCUCAACCUGCCAUUGCCUGAUUUGGACAUGUCUAAAUGUGUUCAGCACAUAAUUCUACCAGUAGAGGAGAGUGGUGUAGGACUGCAUUUGGCUGAAGACAACAACGGGAACGGUGUCAUUGUGCAGAGCAUUAAAGAAGGACCAGCCUUAAAGGAGGGGAGCAUACAGCCUGGCGACAGACUGAUGGCAGUGGAUGAUGAAAUGCUGCUGGGUCUCUCUGCAGAAAAGGUGAUGUCCUUGCUGAACAGUGGGAAGAGCUCUGUGAAGCUCACCAUUUGUAGAGCCGACUCCACACCAGUCUUGAAUGCAUCCAAUCAAACAUGCAGAGACCUAGAGCCAGAAACCACAUCUUUAUCCAACAUGCUUCUGUUCUCUGUGACACCUCCCGAAACAGAGACAAUUAGAAGCUCGAGCAGAUCUUCAACUCCUGCAACCUUGGUGUCUGACCCUGUUACAUGCCCUAUAAUCCCUGGCUGUGAGACCACCAUAGAUAUCUCUAAAGGAAGAACAGGACUUGGCCUUAGCAUUGUUGGUGGCUGUGACACAUUGCUGGGUGCUAUAAUAAUUCAUGAGGUGUAUGAAGAAGGUGCUGCUGCUAAAGAUGGCAGGCUGUGGGCUGGUGACCAGAUUCUGGAGGUAAAUGGUAUAGACCUGCGUAUGGCCACCCAUGAUGAGGCCAUAAAUGUGCUGAGGCAGACUCCUCAGCGAGUGCGCCUGACUGUGUUCCGUGACGAAGGUCAGUAUAAGGAGGAGGAGCUGUGGGAUAUUUUCAACGUGGAACUACAGAAGAAACCUGGCCAGAGCCUUGGACUCAGUAUCGUCGGGAGAAGGAAUGACACAGGCGUGUUUGUGUCAGACAUUGUGAAAGGCGGAGUUGUGGAGAGUGAUGGACGCCUCAUGCAAGGAGAUCAGAUUCUGUCUGUUAAUGGAGAAGAUGUCCGAUCAGCAACACAGGAAUCUGUCGCAGCACUGCUGAAGUGUUGUGUUGGUCCAAUCAAAAUGGAGUUGGGGCGUUUUAAGGCGGGGCCAUUCCACUCAGAAAGACGCAUGUCUCAGGCCAGUCAGUUAAGUGAAAGUGGGAAUUGUAAAAUCACCCAGCAGUCUUUCAGCGGCUCCGGCAGCCUACAAGGAGACUUUGAGAUCCGCAGAAGUCAUGAAUCACUGGAACAAGAUAUUAGAACUGUUGAGCUGUGCAAGGGGCCAUCCGACUCCCUAGGCAUCAGUAUAGCAGGUGGUGUGGGAAGCCCUCUAGGAGAUGUGCCCAUUUUCAUUGCAAUGAUGAACCCUGCUGGAUUAGCUGCACAGACACAGAAACUCAGGGUUGGGGAUAGGAUUAUAUCUAUCUGUGGCACAUCUACAGAAGGCAUGGCUCAUAGCCAAGCAGUAUCACUACUGAAAAACACCACAGGAACCGUACAACUGCAGGUUGUGGCUGGUGAUACGACAGUGACUGGUCCUCCUCCGGAUCAAACCCCUGGACUCACCACAAGCAGUAUCUUCCAUGAUGACCUGGGUCCUCCACAGUGUAAGACGAUAAGCUUGGAAAGAGGGCUAGACGGUUUGGGCUUCAGUAUAGUAGGAGGCUUCGGGAGCCCCCAUGGUGACCUUCCCAUCUACGUCAAAACUGUGUUUGGAAAGGGGGCAGCAGCAGAGGAUGGACGCCUAAAACGGGGUGAUCAGAUUGUUGCUGUUAACGGUCAGAGUUUAGAGGGGGUUACACACGAGGAAGCUGUUGGCAUUCUGAAAAAAACCAAAGGCACCAUCACACUUACUGUACUUUCAUAGGAAGCGACACAUACACUAAACAAUACAAUUAUACAGCUUCAUAUACACUUCAAAACACACACACUUAAUUACAUGUAGUAUUUUUAAACUUUUUAAACACAUUUAUGCUUACUUUAAAUUCAUACAUACACAUUCACACCAUCACGAACACUCACACUGUAUGAAAUGGCCUAUGUUCUAUUACCUAGACUAGUAUUAGGUAUUGUUAUUUAGAAGAGAUCAAGCAAAGUCAUUGGUGAAACUGCCUCAGGCUGCCUACACACUGUGAUCUUUACCCAUUACAUUAUGGAAAUGUUCAUAACUCCAUGUGUUACUUUUAAUAUUACCGUUACACUGCUCAAAUGUAGCCCUUUGAAGUCAUGUAAUGUCAGGUAUAAGAGUUAUGGAAGAUUUCCUAACAUUUUGUUUCAAUACUACGAAUCUUUUAUUUCAUUACAACAUAUUUUCCUAAACCUGUGUGAAAAAUAACAGUAUACCUAGAUUUAGGUAGACUUCUCCCUAUCUUUUACUCAUGGCUCAGUAACAUCAGAAAAUUAUGACCACCUACUUGUUUUUCACUGUUGUCCAUUUUAUAAGUUCUACUCAUUAUAUAGAGCGCUUUGUAUUUCUUUACUCUAAUUGCAGACAGUGCAUACUUUAUCUCACCCUGUUAUUUAGUAUGGGCUAGUUAAAGGGCCCAUAUAAAAGCUUACUUUCCCAUAUCAACCUAUUCUGCUAAAAGGAGCUUAGUCACACCUCACUUACCAUUAGUUAUAAGGGGUGUUUCAAGUCAUACAUAAUAUAAUGUGUAAUAUCUCCAUUGUUAAUAAGAAACAAAACACAAAACCUCGUAGCCAAUCAGAACUUAAAUAUAUUAAAUAACAAUAUAUACUACAAAUUUUAAUGCAUUUAGAUGUAUAAAACGACACAAUUGUCAUAAGCUGACCUCAGGGACAAAAUUCUAUUAAAAGGUAAAUAGGAACUAUGGUCCUUAAAGUUAUUGUAGUUUGGUUAAGACUAGAUUAAAUUAGUUCUGCAUCAUUUCAUCACCAUUCAGUGAAAUAUCAGGUGAAGGUUAUGUGUUUUAUUUCUUAUUAACAACAGAGAUAUUACCCAUUAUAUUAUGUAUUUAUUAAUUUCAUAAAAUUGUUUUAGUGUAUUUUACUACUUUUAAACGUAGUUUAAUAAUAAACCUUUUUAUUUUUAUAGUAACUUUUUAACGAAUAGUUUCUAUUUUCUAGAUUUAAAAUACCUUACCUAACAUUGGUUACCUUUGUUUUUAUUAUUCUUUAAAGUCCAUGAGUAAUAAAACACAGUAAAUACUCCAGACAGUAAUUCAGUUUUAGUCCCAGAAUGCAAUAAAUGACUGUCUGUCACUUGAUUGGUGAUUGGAUAACUUUCCCAUUGAAAGACAGACAACCUUACCACUGGUUUUAGUAAUUGUGUUAAUGUGUUAAUGCUUUGAAAAGAUAUUAUAUAUAUAUAUGAACAUAUAAAGUGUGAAGUGAGUGACGAGUUAUUUAGCCAUCUGAACUGUGUUAUUUAUAAAAAAAAUGUUAAUGUUAUCUCUCUGUUGUUUUCUGUUUAUAAGUAGCCUGUUGUAGAUGCUACGUCACGCCAUGUCUUUGUGCAAUGCUAUUUAAAGUAUUCUUGCUAAUGUUCAUGAUUUGUGCAUCUGCAGAAUUGUACUCAGUGUGGGAUGUAACAGAUAUAAGAAGUAUGGUCUUCUGAAAUCCAGUGUUUUUUUCUGCAGCUAAAUGAAUAAAAGUGACCUUCAGCUUCCUUUUAA